AUGUGGGUCCUGCGAUGCGCCCAGGGCGAGGACGGGGCCGAGGGCGGGGACGUGUGGACGCUGAACGCGCACGCGGGGCGACAGACGUGGACGUACGUCGAGGAUGAUUCGACGGACGCUCGAGCGGUGCGCGCGUUUCAAGACGACGCGCGGGCGGCGUACGCGUCGACGCGGGCGACGGUGCGGCACUCGGGGGAUGUGUUCAUGCGAGCGCAGUACGACGGGCGACGGAAGACACGGGGGGUGGAGACGUGGAGGGACGUCGGGGCGAGCCGGGCGCUCGACGCGAGCGACGCCGAGGUGGACGCGGACGUCGUGCGAGAGGCGAUGCGGGCGGGUAUCGAGUACUAUCGGGGGAUACAGGACGACGAUGGACACUGGGCGAGCGAUUACGGGGGGCCGAUGUUUCUCAUGCCCGGAUUGAUCAUCGCGGCGCACGUCAUGGGGAAGACAGAGGAGAUCUUGGGGGAACGCAGGCGCGCGGAGAUGUUGCGGUACCUGGAGAAUCACCUGAACGAGGACGGUGGAGUCGGAUUGCACAUCGAAGGACAUAGCACGAUGUUUGGCACGGUGCUGACGUACGUGGCGAUGCGGUUGCUCGGUAAGGAGGCGGACGCGCCGGAGUGCGUCGAGGCGCGGGAGUGGAUCGUGUCGCGCGGCGGAGCGACGCAAGUGCCGUCGUGGGGGAAGUUUUGGCUCGCAGUUCUCGGAGUAUACGAGUGGCAUGGACUCAAUCCUGUGCCGCCGGAGUGUUGGUUACUCCCGUAUUGGCUUCCGCUUCACCCGGGUCGAUACUGGUGUCACUGCCGAAUGGUGUACCUCCCGAUGAGUUACCUGUACGGCAUCCGCGCCACGGGCAAGCCGAGCGCGUUAACGGAGGCGUUGAAGAAGGAACUCUACGCCGAGACGUCGUACGACGCGAUCGACUGGAAUAGAGCGCGAAACGCGUGCGCUAAGGAGGACUUGUAUUAUCCGCAUCCGUGGAUCCAGGACGUUCUCUGGGCGUCCAUCAUGAAGUUGGAACCGUUCCUGAUGAACAGUCGAUUGCGAAAGGCGGCGUGCGCCGACGCGAUGCGGCAGAUUCAUUAUGAGGAUGAGAACACGCGCUAUAUCGAUAUUGGACCCGUGAACAAGGUAUUCAACAUGCUUUGCUGUUGGUUUGAAGAUCCGAACUCCGAGGCGGUGAAGAAGCACAUUCCUCGCGUCGCCGACUACCUCUGGGUCGCCGAGGACGGGAUGAAGAUGCAAGGAUACAAUGGCAGUCAGUUGUGGGACUGUGCGUUCUCCGUCCAGGCCAUCGUCGCAACUGGACUCGCCGAUGAAUACAGCGAUUGCUUGCGCCUCGCGCACGACUACAUCGACAAGAGUCAAGUGCGAGACGACUGUCCAGACGUGAAGAAGUGGUAUCGUCAUAUCUCCAAGGGUGCAUGGCCGUUUAGCACGCGUGACCACGGAUGGCCGAUCUCGGACUGCUCGUCCGAGGGUUUGAAGGCGGCACUUACGCUGGCAGCGAUGGAUGAGAAGAAGUUUGGCAAGGCGAUCCCGGUGGAGAGGCUUGCGGACUGCGUUAACGUCAUCUUGUCCUAUCAAAAUCGCGGCAGUGGUGGAUGGGCGACGUACGAGAACACACGUUCUUACAAGUGGGUCGAAUGGUUGAAUCCGGCGGAGACUUUCGGAGACAUCAUGAUCGAUUACCCGUACGUAGAGUGCUCGAGUGCGAGUCUCCAGGCGCUGUGCAAAUUCUCUGAGCGAUACCCACACAUUCGUACGAAGGACAUCGCGCACGCGAAGGCGACCGGACGAAAAUUCUUGAAGCGCAUACAGCGCGCGGACGGCAGCUGGUACGGGUCGUGGGCGGUGUGUUUCACCUACGGCACGUGGUUCGGCGUCCUCGGCUUGAUCGCCACUGGAUCGACGUACAAGACGUGUCCGGCACUUCGCAAAGCGGUGGACUUUUUGCUCUCGAAGCAACAAGAGAGCGGCGGAUGGGGCGAGAGUUACUUGUCGUGCGAGAAGAAAAGCUACCAUGAGCUUCUCGACGCCGAGGGUAAGCCCAAGCCACAUCUUGUGAACACAAGCUGGGCCAUGCUAGCGCUCAUCGCAAGCGGUCAAGCAUCGCGCGACGCCAGGCCGUUACACCGCGCCGCGCGCUCGAUUCUGCGUCAACAAUGUGAGAAUGGUGAUUUUCCGCAACAGAGUAUCAUGGGCGUGUUCAACGCCAACUGCAUGAUCUCCUACAGCUGCUACCGUAGCAUUUUCCCGCUCUGGGCUUUGGGCGAGUAUACAUCGAAAGUUGCCGAUGCAUGA